AACUUGCUUCACACAAAUUGAAUUAAUUUUAGAGAAAAUAGUACACGUAGAGAAGAAUCUACACAAGCAGCAAGCAAAGCCCUGGCAAAAGUGAGAAAUGGCUAAGGUGCUCUGCUCUGGGCUAACAGCCUUGUUAUCCGUAAACACUUGGCAAGGCCAGCAGCAGCAUUGGAGGAGGUCUCAGUGGUCCGCGCUUCAUAUCUCACCAACUCAUCGCCUUUCUAAACAUUCCCGGUUUCAAGUGGUCUGCCAGGGCGCUGAGACGCAGACGGAUGUAAAGGAGGAGCACUAUGACUCACAGUUGGGUGCCAAAGUUGGGCAAGACCGUCUCUUGAAGGUCCCUGUUUCCAACAUCAGAAAUUUCUGCAUCAUAGCACAUAUUGAUCAUGGGAAAUCAACUUUGGCGGACAAGUUGCUACAGAUUACCGGUACUGUGCAGAAGCGAGAAAUGAAGGAGCAGUUUCUUGAUAACAUGGACUUGGAGAGGGAAAGAGGCAUUACCAUCAAACUUCAGGCAGCUCGAAUGCGUUAUAUGUAUGCAAAUGAACCAUAUUGCUUGAAUCUGAUUGAUACUCCAGGGCACGUAGACUUCUCUUAUGAGGUUUCUCGGUCGCUUGCUGCAUGUGAGGGUGCCCUACUUGUUGUAGAUGCUUCUCAGGGUGUGGAAGCACAAACUCUGGCUAAUGUCUAUUUGGCCGUGGAGAACAACCUCGAAAUUAUCUCUGUUCUAAACAAGAUAGAUCUUCCAGGUGCUGAACCAGAUCGUGUUAUCAAGGAGAUUGAGGAGGUUAUCGGGUUAGAUUGUAGCAAUGCACUAUGCUGCUCUGCAAAGGAGGGAAUUGGUAUAACUGAAAUUCUUAAUGCAAUUGUUGAAAGGAUUCCUCCUCCUCAUGAUGCUGCUAGGAGUCCUCUAAGAGCUUUAAUAUUUGAUAGCUACUAUGAUCCUUAUCGGGGUGUUAUUGUCUAUUUUCGAGUCAUAGAUGGGACUAUAAGGAAAGGUGACAGAAUUUAUUUUAUGGCCAGUAAGAAGGAUUUUUUUGCUGAUGAAAUUGGAGUUCUAUCUCCCAAUCAGAUGCAGGUAGAGGAAUUGUAUGCGGGUGAGGUAGGGUACCUUUCGGCAUCUAUAAGGUCUGUUGCAGAUGCAAGAGUGGGUGACACUAUCACUCACUAUGGUAGAAAGGCAGAAAGGUCGCUACCGGGUUAUGAGAAAGCCACUCCAAUGGUGUUUUGUGGCCUUUUUCCUGUUGAUGCAGACCACUUUUCAGAGUUGCGUGAUGCAUUGGAAAAACUGCAACUGAAUGAUGCUGCAUUGAAGUUUGAGCCUGAGACAUCAAGUGCUAUGGGUUUUGGCUUUAGAUGUGGGUUCUUGGGUCUUCUCCACAUGGAAAUUGUUCAGGAAAGACUGGAAAGGGAGUAUAAUCUGAGCCUAAUAACCACUGCUCCUAGUGUUGUGUAUAGAGUGAACUGUAUAAAUGGUGAUACUGUUGAAUGCUCAAAUCCAUCUUUGCUUCCUGAACCUGGUCAAAGAAGGUCAAUUGAGGAACCAUUUGUGAAGAUUGAGAUGCUUACACCAAAGGACUUUAUUGGUUCGCUGAUGGAAUUGGCUCAAGACAGAAGAGGAGAAUUCAAAGAGAUGAAAUUUAUCACGGAGAACAGAGCAUCCAUCAUCUAUGAGUUACCCCUUGCAGAGAUGGUAGGUGAUUUCUUUGACCAGUUAAAGUCCAGAAGUAAGGGGUAUGCUAGCAUGGAAUAUACUUUUCUUGGGUAUAAGGAAAGUGAAUUGAUAAAGCUUGACAUUCUGAUUAAUGGUGAUCAUGUGGAACCAUUGUCUGCUAUCGUGCACAAGGAUAAGGCAUAUUCUGUUGGGAGGGCUUUGACUCAAAAGCUGAAGGAGCUUAUACCUCGACAAAUGUUUAAAGUACCAAUUCAAGCAUGCAUAGGUUCAAAAGUAAUUGCUAGUGAAUCUUUGUCAGCAAUUAGAAAGGAUGUAUUGGCCAAAUGCUACGGUGGAGAUAUCUCAAGAAAAAAGAAACUCCUUAAGAAGCAGGCUGAAGGGAAGAAAAGAAUGAAGGCAAUAGGUAAAGUAGAUGUACCUCAAGAAGCCUUUAUGGCUGUGUUGAAACUUGAGAAGGAAGUUUUAUGAUUAUGUUACAAUUGUAUCUUGUAAACAUUCUCGUGUAAUUUCUGAUAAACCAUAUAAAGUUUUCAGUUUGUUAUGCCAAAGUUCCCAGGGAUUCUUUACUUUCUA